CGGCGGACUCUGUUCUGCUCGUUAAGGGAUUUCACGAGAGAGAAGCUUCUGCCUCCUCCCUCCGCAACGGACACCAUCUCCCUCAGCGUAACUGCACACCUCCUCAGGUCACCAACAGCAGCGGAGGCCAUCAUCUCCAGGUGCAUCUAUGCGAUUAUCAACAAAGGUCGGAUCUGUUAAACCCAUCGGUGCAAAUUCUUUGCUGUCUUGGUAUGCUAGGCAUGGCAAAAUCGAGAGCGCAAGACAGGUAUUUGACGAAAUGCCUGAGAGAAGCACGAUUUCUUGGAAUGCAAUGAUAAGUGGGUACUUUCAGAAUGGGAAGGUUGAAGAAGCCCGACAUCUUUUCAAAACAAUGCUUCCGGCACAGAGGAACACCACCACUUGGAACGGGAUGAUUGCAGGGUUCGUCAUGAACGGGCAGCUGGGUGAGGCCCGAAGACUAUUUGAUAAAAUGCCUGAACGAAAUGUAGUUUCAUGGACUGCCAUGAUGAGGGGGUAUGUGCAAGAAGGCAUAGUGAGAGAAGCGGAGACGCUCUUUCGGGAGAUGCCUGACAAAAACGUUAUUUCGUGGACGGUCUUAAUGGGAGGGCUUAUUCAGGAUGGUCGGAUUGAUGACGCUUGCGAAUUGUUUCGGCAGAUGCCUGAGAAAGAUGUGGUUGCUCGCACCAACCUCCUGUGUGGGUACUGCCAAUGUGGAAGGGUCCGGGAGGCUCGAGAGCUAUUUGACGAAAUGCCAAAACGCAAUGUAGUGGCGUGGACAAGCAUGAUUUCAGGUUAUUGUCAGAAUGCCAUGGUCGAUUUAGCAAGAAAGUUGUUUGAGGUCAUGCCAGAGAAAAACGAGGUUUCUUGGACGGCUAUGUUGACUGGCUAUACCCAAUGUGGCCGGAUAGAUGAAGCAUUUGAACUGUUCAAAAGAAUGCCAAAUAAAUCACUUGUUGCUUGUAAUGCCAUGAUUAUGGGUUAUGCACAGAACGGGAAGUUUCUCGAGGCACAGAAGUUGUUUAAUAGGAUGGACGAGAAGGAUGACGCCUCAUGGGCGGGCAUGAUUACUGCUUAUGCUCAAUCUGGAAUGGUUGAUAUGGCUAGGAGAUUGUUUGAGGAGACGGAUGAGCGGAGCCCUGCCAUCUGGGGUGCAAUGAUCAAAGCGUAUGGUCGCAAUGGAUUUGAAGUAGAAGCUAUGAAUCUCUUCAGAGAGAUGGUAGAAGUAGGAAACAGAGCAAACCAUUCCAUUUUUGUUAGCAUCUUAAGUGUGUCUGCUGGGCUUGCCAUACUUGAUCACGGUAGGCAGAUUCAUGCAGUAAUUUUGAAGUCCCAGAUGGACAUGGAUGUGAUUAUAGCAUCUGCAUUGAUCACUAUGUAUAUCAAGUGUGGGAAUCUUGACAAGGCCCGACAAGUAUUCUACCGAGCAGAUCGUCGAGACAUUGUUAUGUGGAAUUCAAUGAUCACUGGUCAUGCCCAGCAUGGCCUUGGGGAGGAAGCUUUACGAAUUUAUAAUGAGAUGUGUGUCUCAGGUAUUCUUCCAGAUGAUGUAACACUAGUUGGAGUCCUGUCAGCAUGCAGCUACACAGGAAAGGUCAGGGAAGGUUGGCAGUUGUUUGAAUCUAUGAGAGAUAAGUACAGGAUUGAGCCAAAGAUGGAGCAUUAUGCAUGCAUCGUUGACAUGUUCAGUCGUGCUGGAUGUUUGGAAAAAGCAAUGGAACUCAUAAAAGAGAUGCCUUUCGAGGCUGAUCCCAUAGUAUGGGGUGCUUUGUUGGGCGGUUGUAGAACAUAUUCUAACAUAGAAAUAGCAGAGAUAGCUGCUAGAAAGUUAAUGCAAAUUGAACCAAUGAAUGCAGGGCCAUAUGUUUUGCUGUCUAACAUGUUUGCAGCCAAGGGAAGAUGGGAAGAUGUGGAGGAACUGAGGAAGGUCAUGAAGGAGAGGAAUGUGCAAAAGAUGCCCGGAUGCAGUUGGAUUGAGGUUGAUAAGCGAGUUUAUAUAUUUGCAGGUGGUGAUGGGGAAAACCAGCGUCCCGAGUAUGCAAUGAUUGUUGGGCUGUUAGAGAAGUUGAAUGGGAUGUUGAGGGAGGCAGGAUACUACCCAGAUCGGCGGUUUGUCCUCCACGACGUGGAUGAUGAACAAAAAGAGCAUAGCUUGGGUUACCACAGUGAGAAAAUGGCCGUGGCUUUCGGAAUUUUAAGAGUGCCUCCUGGCAUUCCAAUUCGUGUCAUGAAGAAUCUCAGGGUUUGUAUGGAUUGUCAUUCUGCAAUCAAGUUGAUCUCUAGGAUCACUAAGCGAGAGAUCAUACUAAGAGAUGCCAACCGGUUUCAUCAUUUCAAAGAUGGUGCUUGUUCUUGUCGAGAUUAUUGGUGAAACCGCAUGAAAGGAACAUAUACUUUUCAACUCAUUCGUGGGAUCUAGGUCCAGUUUUCAGUAUAGCGACUCGAAAUGUAGUAUUACACAUAUUAGGUUGCCAAAUGUUGAAAAGAGUCUUACCGGUGCAAUUUCUGUGGAAGAAAUGAGCUUGUGGGUAUACAAAUCUAACGAGAUCAGAUCAUGUCUUAAGCAGCACCGCUAGAAAUGUUUAAUGUGAUAUCCAUGGAGGCAUGCGGUCUGCAUGUUCUUUGAUCAAGCUGUUACCCAAAUUGCACGCAUGUUAGAUAUGAUCCGGUUUCAUGCUACAGUUGGUUGGCUGAAGUAGCGACUGAACCAAGAUCACCACUAUAAGUUUAUUUAGCACAUGGUUUUUGGAGCCAUGGUAUAUGAGCAUCGCAUCAGGUCUUCGGCGACAUCACAUGAGAUAUUAAUCAAGCACAUCUAGAAAAAUAUCUUCCUCUGAAAAUUUAUUUAAUUUGAUAAAUGUUGGCAUACCUUACCUACUGUUAUGUCUAUAUGGGUAACAGCUAUUCUUAUCAAUUUUAUCUGAAUAGAAGAAAUUGAAGAAUGAGAAAAUAGCAUUUGUAGGUUGUCCAACGUAAUCAUCAUUGUAUUUAAAAUUCAAUGCAUCUUGCAUGCUUGGACAAGUUUAGGUUUUCAUAGUACGAGUUGCAUCUUGUUGCGCUAUCCAUGUAAUCUUAUGUGGUCCUAAUAUUAUUGU